UUUGUUCAAGAAGCAGUCGGAUAUGUUUCUAACACUUGACAGUUAUAGUUUUCCACAAGUUGUAAGACACAUCGUAAAAACUUGAGAGUUAAUAAUAAGAUGCCUAAUCAAGUUUGUGUUAUUUGCGGUGAAUAUAAAAGGUCGAGAAAAGUUUCUUUUUUUUCUAUCCCUAAACAAGAUACAAGAUUGAAAAAUAAAAGUGAUAGAGAGUUAGUUGAAAGAAGAAUUGCAGCUUGGAUGGCAGCUAUUGGAUCUAAUAUCAAUAAGUACUAUGGUACACCCUCUGUGUGUUCUUUACAUUUUCAUUCAGGCAAACCAGCAUACAUGUUUUAUGUAGAUGAUGUUGACUGGGUUCCGUCAAAGAAUUUAACUAACACAGAUCAACAUGAUGAACAAGAUCAUGAUUUUGAUUCAGACUUAUCACAUGCACACCCAAGUUGUGAAGACAGUUUACGAGUUGAUGACAGUACAGUGCAUGAGAUCAUUGUAAAUUCAAGCAGUCUUAGUGACAACAGCACAUUGCAUGAUAAUGUGUUGCAUGGCACAUUUCAAAGUAACGACAUUACAAUGGAUGACACUUCUUUGGAUUCUAACUUUGAACAUAAUGAUACCUCUACAGCGAAAUGCCUUUUUGAAAUCCAAAAUCUUGUUAAUUUUUUGAAAAAAAGGGAUUACUAAUCCGGAAGAACAAACAUUAAGAGAAAUUAAGACACAUUUUGAAACGUUUCAUUCUACAAUUCAAACAGAAUCUGACAAGGUGUUACAUUCACAGACACAAGUUUCUCCUAAAGUCAUUAACUUGGGUUAAUGACGAAUAAAUAUAAAAUAAAUAAAAUUGUAUGAAGUUAUAUGGCUUCUGAGAAUCACAAUUCCAUUUGGCAAGGGGAAUGCAAGAAGUUUGUCCGAGAAGGUAUUAGUCAAGUAUUGUUCUGAGGACAAUAAAUUGUUUAUGGCCUCAACUUUUUCACCGUCACUGCAAUUACGCCCCACGACUAAAUGAAUAAUCAUGUGGUUCUUAGUUAUUGGAGGGAUUAACGUUUCUAGUUCACUUCCACAUUUGAAUAAAUUUAGGUC